CGAGACCGCUGUAUAUAAGCUUGGUUAAGGAUCGAUGUGAGUAUAGACAGCCAGCAAGUGUCAGCAGGCAAAGUGUAACAAAUCAGUCCAGCCAAAUAAGCAAGAUGUACGCGAAACUCGCUCUCGUUGCCCUCUUGGUAGCCGUUGCCGUAGCCGCGCCCACUCCUGGUGGAUACGGUGGACACAAACACGUGACCAUCCACGUCCCCUACAAGGUGCACACGAUCCACCACCACCACGUCUCGAAGGUGCACGUCCCCGUGCACGUCCCCGUGGUGAAGGAGGUGCCCGUGAUCAAGGAGGUGCCGAUCUACAAGCACGUGCCCGUGCCGGUGAUCCAGCACGUGCCGUACCCGGUGAUCAAGAAGGUGGAGGUGGAGAAGCAGGUGUACGUGCCCGUGCACCACCAUGAGGAGCACGUCCACCACGGGUGGGAGGGCGAGUCGCUGUCACAUGGCUGGAACUGAUCGGUGCAUUGUUUUUUAGGUUAAGAUAGCAGUAAGUUCACGCUUCAAAUCAUCGUCAUUGUAAAUACAAGAACAUCAGUCAUUUUUGGUACAAGCAAAGUUCAAAAAGUGUACAAUAUAAUAUAAUGGAGUUUUGUGAUAUGAUUAGGCUAGAUACAUACUAUAAUAUGUAGCUGCGUAUGAUUUUUUAUGAUACCAUAGAUCGUGUGUAACUUGACUUUUUGAAGGCAUUUUUCUGUUAGUUCAUUUUAAUAGUGUUAAAUAUUUUUGAUAAAAAAUAGUUUUGAUGAUUAAUUUACAAAUACUAGUCAAUGAAUUGAAUUUCAUUCGACCAUCUUGUUAACCAUUUGAUUGUUAUUCAGUAUUAAAAAAUGAAAGUAAUGAUACCUAAUUAAAAGAUUUCACAGCGUGUAUCCAGCCUAAUCAAAUGUUUGCUCAAAUAAAAAGUACCUUAUUGUAUAUACAGGAACCAAAGAAAAUAAACGAUGAAUGUUUGUUUUUA